CCGCCGCCCGCCGUCGCCGUUCCGCGCCGCCCGCCGUCGUCCUCCUCCAGCUCGGGCCAUCCCCGUCCGUCGAGGCGCCGCCGUACUCCUCCAGCUCGGCCCGUCCCCUUCCUCGUCUGCGUGGCCGGCGUCCUCCUCCAGCUCGGCCCGCCCCGUUCCUCCCUGAGCUCGGCCCGCCCCGUUCCUCCCUGAGCUCGGCCGGCCAGCUUCCUCUCCAAGCGGCAAGAUGAGCACAAGUCAGAGUAGUGAUGAAAGUGACAGCGAUGAUGGCAUCGAGUCCGCACUUAUGGAAUCAAGAAGGCGUCGGCGGCUACGGAAUGCACAAGUGAUGUACCAAGUUCUUGAACAUUCCGAGAAGCAUCUUACAAAGAAAAAGAGGGUAGAACCAAGAUGCACCGGACAACAAUGGGUAUUUGAUAACUUGGGCAGCUCGAAGGAUUGUUAUGACAUGUUUAGGAUGCAUAGGCCAUGUUUUGAUUCUUUGCAUGACACUUUGGUUCAAAAAUAUGGUCUCAAGGGGUCAAACCGCAUGUGUUCCGAGGAGGCAGUUGGAAUGUUUCUGUGGACUCUUGGUAGUCCACAAUCCGUGACUCAAGUUCAAAACCGAUUCAAGAGAUCCAGGGAGACAAUCAAUAGGAAGUUUGCGGAGGUUCUAUAUUGUGUGAAUCAGUUAGCGGGAGAUAUCAUCAAGCCUAUUGAUCCACAGUUCCCAAUAGUGCAUGAGAGGCUACGGGAUUCUAGAUUCACACCUCAUUUCAAUGGUGCAAUUGGUGCAAUUGAUGGGACACACAUACCAGUUAUUGUGCCAGCGGUUGAUAUAGUCAACCAUGUUGGUCGCCUUGGAUAUCCAACACAGAAUGUUAUGGCUGUUUGUGAUUUUGACUUGAGGUUUACCUCCAUUGUUGCCGGAUGGCCAGGUUCCGUACAUGACACAAGGAUAUUCAAAGAUACCUUGCUUAAGUUUGAAGCAAAUUUUCCUCAUCCUCCUCCAGGAAGAUACUAUCUAGUUGAUUCGGGUUAUCCCAAUCAAGAUGGUUAUCUUUCACCAUAUACAGGAACCAAGUACCAUCUACCCGAGUUUCGACUAGCUGGACCGCCAUCUGGGAAGCAAGAAAUAUUCAACCAUGCUCAUUCAUCUCUUCGAAAUGCUAUUGAGAGAGCAUUUGGGGUAUUGAAGCAGAAAUGGCGUAUUUUACAUGGUAUAUCAAGUUAUCCAAUAGAGAAGCAGACAAAGAUUAUCAUUGCAUGUCUAGCACUCCAUAACUUCAUUCGUGAUAGUCAAUUGUUUGAUCUACACUUCUAUAGAUGCGAUAUUGAUGAGAACUACAUGCCUCCGGGGCAUGUUAGUUCCACAUCCGGAGGCAAUGUAGGCGACAAUUUAGGAGGGGAUCACGUUACCAUGAACAACACUCGUGACAACAUAGCUAAUGCUUUGUUCGCAGCAAGUGGAGGUGUCUAGACAUUAGAACACUUCUAUCUCUUUUGGGUACAUGUGAAGAAGUGAAAAACGUGUUGCUCUUUUGGGUUGAUGAGUCGUGUCUUGUAAUAUAUAUGUCACAAUACUCUCGUAUUAUCUUGAAUAUAUGUAAUGUUUUAUAUUUAAUAUGAACAAGUAUCGUAAAAUAGUCGGAAAUAGUUAAUCCGUGUCAAAUCGGCAUUUAUACAACUUCUUCAGAAUUCAGGGGCAUUUCAGAGAUUUCAUCAUUCAUCACAGCUCCAGCAGCUAUUAACAACACUUCUGCCAAACAUCAAAUCUCUGCUUCUCACAGCUGCUUUUCCACAGCUCAACAGCUACAACUGCUUCUCAAAAGCUGCAGCCCAAACAAACA